AUGGCGCAGACCAAUGGGGAGUUGGAGCACUCGAAAGAGGCUCCUCAGGCUUCUCAGGAAGUGAUCAACAGCGAUGCCCCCGAGGGUGUCGAGGAGGACAACACAGGCGGUCUCUUCCAGAUCUCUGUGAAGCUUCCUCACGCCCCCUAUAAAAUUCAAGUGAUGGUGUCCAGCCAAGAACAGGUUCAGGAUGUUCGCCAAUCCAUUGUCGAGCUACCGGGUACCUUCCAAUACACUUGCUUCCACCUCGAAUUCAACGGCAGCCGCAUCAAUGACUUUGUUGAGUUGUCCGAGGUGCCGGAUCUUCAGGCCGACUCCGAGAUCGUCCUGGUUGAGGACCCCUACACCGAGAAGGAGGCUCGCAUGCAUGUCGUCCGCAUUAGAGAGCUGAUCGGUGCUUCCGGUGACCGGGUCGAUAACCUCCACGGUAUCUCUGCUGGUCUUUCGCUGCACGACGCCAUCUCCGCAGACGCUGUCAAGGCCAAUGCCUCGGAGAAGGAGCACUCGCUUUCUCAAUACGACUUGACCGGAGUUUCAUCUCUGCAGACUAUCCUGCCCAGCGUGCAGACUCCUCUUCCUAAGACAGUGAAGUCUAUCUCUUUGUCUUCAUGGAACCCCGUUCCCUACAACCUCCGCCAGAAGGGUCACCUGCUCUACCUUUUGGUCACCACCAACGAGGGUGAACAGUUCCAGAUCACUGCUCACGUCUCCGGCUUCUUUGUGAACAAGUGCUCGAACACUAGAUUCGAUCCUUUCCCUAAGCCUAUGCCAAAGGAUAAGAAGGGCAGCGCCCACUCGUUGCUUACUUUGAUCUCUCACAUCUCUCCUUCUUUCAACGAGUCCUUCGAGGCUCUGCAGGAGUACAACAACGAGAAGGAUCUCUUGACCACUUUCCCCUUCCAAAACGCCAUUCCCAACAGCCCAUGGCUCAUCUCCCCAUCUACCUCCAGCUUAACCGCUCACCAGCCUGAUAUCACCCGUUCUCAGGAGAACUAUCUGAUCUCUGGUGUCGAUAAUGCCGAGACUCUGCGUGACUGGAACGAGGAAUUCCAGACUACUCGCGAGCUGCCCCGCGACACUGUGCAGGACCGCGUGUUCCGCGAACGCCUGACCUCCAAGCUGUUCGCCGAUUACAACGAAGCUGCUGCCCGCGGUGCCGUUCUGGUUGCCCGGGGUGAGGUUGCUCCUCUGAACCCCACUGAGGCGCGGGACGCCCAGAUCUUUGUCUACAACAACAUCUUCUACUCAUUCGGUGCUGAUGGUGUUGGCACUUUCACCUCCGAGGGUGGUGACGAGGCUGCUCGCGUGGCUGUUGGUAAGGAUGUUCUCGGAAUUAAGGCUGUCAACCAGCUCGAUAUCGACGGACUCUUCACUCCUGGAACCGUUGUUGUCGAUUACCUUGGCAAGCGUAUUGUUGGCCAGAGCAUUGUCCCUGGUAUCUUCAAGCAGCGCGAGCCCGGUGAGCACCAGAUCGACUACGGUGGUGUUGAGGGCAAGGAGGUUGUCGCCACUCACUCUGACUUUGUCCCCGUCUUUGAGAAGCUCUCCAAGGCUCUGCGUAUCAAGUCCCACCCCGUCUGGGACAAGGAUAACAAGCGCCACGACCUCGAGGGAAGUGUUGAGACCAAGGGUCUUCUCGGAACCGACGGUCGUAAAUACGUCUUGGAUCUGUACCGCGUGGCUCCUAUGGAUGCCGAGUGGCAGGAAGAGGAUGGCAGCGAUGUCUAUCCCCACCGCAUGUCUGUCCUUCGUCUUGAGUUGGUUGAGUCCUACUGGCGCCACAAGAUGAGUCAGUACGUCAAGGCUGAAGUGGAGCGCCGUCGUGCUGCCGCCGCCGAUGCCCCCAAGGAGGAGGGCAAGACCGACGAGGAAAUCGCUGCCGAACAGGAGCGUGUUGAUAUCUCCGGAUUCAACUUGGCUCUCAACCCCGAUGUCUUCAGCGGCCAGGUCCCCCAGACCGAAGAAGAGAAGAAGCAGUGGGCCCAGGAUGAGAAGGAAGUCCGUGACGCCUGUGACCAUCUGCGGUCUAAGGUCAUUCCUGACCUGCUUAAGGACCUGCACGACGGCGAUGUUGGCUUCCCCAUGGACGGCCAGUCGUUGACCCAGCUCCUGCACAAGCGCGGUAUCAACUUGCGCUACCUCGGAAAGUUGGCUCAGCAGUCCAACGAGAAGGGACCUCGCCUGCAGGCUCUGUCCACCCUUCUCGUUCAAGAGAUGAUUACUCGUGCCUUCAAGCACGUUGCCAACCGCUAUCUCAGCAAUGUUCCUGCUCCUUUCGUUGCUCCCUGCAUCUCUCACUUGCUGAACUGUCUCCUCGGUUCCGCCGUCAACGCUGCCCCUAAGGCUGAGAUUGACGAGUCUCUGCGUGAGAUCUUCCCCGAGGGCGACUUCUCCUUCGAGAAGGUCACCCCCGAGUCUCUCCGCUCCGAGAUUGAGAACCAGGUCACCAUUCGCUUCCGCUUCUCCCUGGAGAACGGCUGGGCCAACUCCCUGAGACACUUGCAGCUUCUCCGUGAUAUUUCCAUCAAGUUAGGUCUCCAGCUUGGUGCCCGCGACUUCCCCUUCAGCAAGGACCAGGUCAAGGAAGUGGUUGUCCCCGCUCCCACCAACGGCACCAACCGCGAGGAGCCCAAGAAGAAGGGCAACAAGAAGAAGGGUGGUGAGGCCAAGUCUCCCACUCGCGCCCCUGCUCCCGCCAAGCCCGCUACCACUUUCACCGUUGACGACAUCCUGAACAUUGUGCCCUUGGUUCGCGAUGCUGCUCCCCGCAGCGCUUUGGCCGAGGAGGCCCUGGAGGCUGGCCGUAUCUCUCUCAUGCAGAACCAGAAGCAGUUGGGCCAGGAGCUCAUUCUGGAGUCUUUGUCUCUGCACGAGCAGAUCUACGGUAUUCUGCACCCUGAGGUUGCCAAGCUCUACCACCAGCUUUCCAUGCUUUACUACCAGACGGAUGAGAAGGAGGCUGCCGUCGAGCUUGCUCGCAAGGCCGUCAUCGUCACUGAGCGUACCAUGGGUGUGGACUCCGCUGACACCAUCUUAAGCUACCUUAACUUGAGCUUGUUUGAACACGCCUCUGGCAACACCAAGACCGCUCUGGUGUACAUCAAGCACGCCAUGGAUAUUUGGAAGAUCAUUUACGGUGCUAACCACCCCGACUCCAUCACCACCAUGAACAAUGCCGCCGUGAUGCUGCAGCACCUUAAGCAGUACAACGACUCCCGCAAGUGGUUCGAGGCUUCCCUCUCCGUCUGUGAGGACUUGUUUGGCAAGGAAUCCAUCAACACCGCCACCAUCCUCUUCCAGCUGGCCCAGGCCCUUGCUCUGGACCAGGACUCCAAGGCCGCUGUUGGUAAGAUGCGUGAGGCUUACAACAUUUUCCUCGCCCAGCUUGGUCCCGAGGACCGCAACACCAAGGAGGCCGAGACUUGGCUCGAGCAGCUCACCCAGAACGCUGUCUCUAUCGCCAAGCACGCCAAGGACAUCCAGGCUCGUCGCCUGCGCCGCAUCAACAUGAACCCCCGUGUUUCCACCAUGGGCACACGUGUUCAACCCCAGGUCGGCCAGGUCGCCCCUGAUGUCUCUGGGGCCCCCCAGCCUUCUGCCUCUGGUCUUGACUCGCGGAACAUUGAUGAGCUCUUGAAGUUCAUCGAGGGUGGUGAUGCCGGCAGCUCUUCUCGCUCCAAGCAGAAGAAGCGUGCUGCCACCAGCAACCCCAAGCUCCGCGGCUCCAAGCAGACCCCUCAGGCUUAA